GAUUUAUGGAAGAAGAUUAGAUCCAGAGAGCAAUAGCAAGUGGGUAAGAACGAGAGAACAGCUGUUCUUCUCCUUCAUUCUCACCUCAAAGUCAGCUGACAGUUCGUUACUUCUAAUCCUAUAAAUUUCAACCCUUCUUCUCCAUUUUUCAUAAUCAUAUCGUUUCUUGUCUCUUCUUGACUUUUCUUCUCCAAAUCCUUUUCGGACAGGAUCUACCACAGGUAAAUAAUUGUCUGAAAAAACAAACAAACACAAACACCAAGAAGAAGAAGAAUAACAAGAUCUGCUCUGUUUUUGUUUCCUCAGUGUGAAACAGAAAAGUCAACACUGAGUUUCCACGACGUCGUUUUAGCAAAUCGGAGAAAUGGCCGGAGGGUUCGUCAGUCAAACGCCGGGAGUUCGGAACUACAACUACAAACUCACACCGAAAGUGUUCGUAACAUGUUUCAUCGGUGCUUUUGGUGGUCUCAUCUUCGGAUACGAUCUCGGGAUCUCAGGGUUUUUUUUCCAAGUCUUGUUUCUUCUUUGAUCUAACCUAGGAGAUAUCCAGUGAGUAAUUUUAGGGCUUUUUGUUGCUUGUAGGAGGGGUAACCCAAAUGGAGCCAUUCUUGGAAGAAUUUUUCCCUUACGUGUAUAAGAAGAUGAAGAACGCACACGAGAACGAGUACUGUCGUUUUGAUAGCCAGCUUCUCACUCUCUUCACUUCGUCUCUCUAUUUAGCGGCUUUGGUCUCUUCCUUGUUCGCCUCCACGAUAACCCGAGUCUUCGGAAGGAAAUGGUCCAUGUUCCUCGGUGGUCUCACCUUCUUCAUCGGCUCUGCUUUCAACGGCUUUGCUCAAAACAUCGCUAUGCUUCUCAUCGGUCGUAUCUUGCUCGGUUUCGGAGUCGGAUUCGCCAAUCAAUUCCUGUCUAUCUGUCGGAAAUGGCUCCUCCGAAUCUAAGAGGAGCGUUCAACAAUGGGUUUCAAGUAGCGAUUAUAUUCGGUAUCGUAGUCGCAACGAUCAUCAACUACUUCACCGCACAGUUGAAAGGUAACAUCGGAUGGAGAAUCUCACUAGGGUUAGCUUGUGUCCCUGCGAUGAUGAUUAUGAUCGGAGCUCUGAUCCUUCCCGACACUCCCAACUCUCUCAUCGAACGUGGCUUCACCGAAGAUGCCAAGAAAAUGCUUCAAUCUAUCCGAGGAACCAGUGAAGUCGAUGAAGAGUUUCAAGAUCUCAUUGAUGCGAGCGAGGAGUCUAAGCAAGUGAAACACCCGUGGAAGAACAUCAUGCUUCCUCGUUACAGACCGCAGUUGAUAAUGACUUGCUUCAUUCCUUUCUUCCAACAGCUUACCGGAAUCAAUGUCAUUACGUUUUACGCUCCCGUUCUGUUUCAAACCUUAGGGUUCGGUAGCAAAGCCUCGCUCUUGUCGGCUAUGGUAACGGGAAUCAUCGAGCUCUUGUGUACCUUUGUCUCUGUUUUCACGGUUGAUAGGUUUGGAAGAAGAGUCUUGUUCCUCCAGGGAGGUAUCCAGAUGCUUAUCUCUCAGAUUGCUAUUGGAGUCAUGAUCGGAGUCAAGUUUGGAACGGUUGGAACAGGGAACAUAGGGAAAACAGAUGCUAAUCUGAUCGUGGCGCUGAUCUGCAUCUAUGUAGCGGGUUUCGCCUGGUCGUGGGGACCGUUGGGAUGGCUGGUACCUAGUGAGAUAUCUCCACUAGAGAUCCGAUCAGCAGCUCAAGCCAUAAACGUAGCGGUGAACAUGUUCUUCACAUUCCUUGUAGCUCAGCUCUUCCUGACUAUGCUCUGCCACAUGAAGUUCGGACUAUUCUUCUUCUUUGCGGUGUUUGUCUUUAUAAUGACGAUAUUUAUCUACUUGAUGUUGCCUGAGACGAAGAAUGUGCCCAUUGAAGAGAUGAAUAGAGUAUGGAAGGCACACUGGUUCUGGGGAAGGUUUAUUCCUGAUGAAGCUGUUGGUGUUAGUGCUGCUGAGAUGCAGCAAAAGUCUGUAUGAUGAUGAAAAUGUUUUCUUUGGGCAAAAAGACUUGUGAGAAAAUUUGAAAUGAAAAUGUCAAAAUAUGCUUAUUCCUGAAAGAAAGCUGCUCUGCUCUUUGAUGCAUAGACUUAGCAUAUUCUUUCCUUAUUCAAUGUCUUUGUUGUAAUCGUAAUUUGGACCUAAGAAAGCUACGAAAACUAAAAAAUAUUCAAAAAGGGAAAUCAGUUUGUCUUA